AUGGUUCGUUUACCAAUUCUACUACUAGUUGUGUCAACUGUACUAACCACUGUCUAUUCAAUAGACAACGACGUUUUAAAUACAACAGCUCUUCCGAAGUCUGAGGCCAAGCAAAUCUACAGUGUUAUACAAAGAAGACGACACCAAGUUCCUCAUGAAGAAAUCAAAGAAGUAGAUGGUGGAAGGUACUUCAGAAGACCACCUCGGACAACAACCGUACCUUCAAUAUUUUCUAUGAAAGUUGAAAAAACAUAUCAACAUGUAUACCCGGACGUGAAUUCAUCUGACAAACAAAUCCACCCUAAACAAAACCAUACGAAUGAAGAUUACCCCAGGGGGUCCUCAAAGCCGUCCAUUAAAAAUAUACCUACCGAACGUGUUACCUUAAAAACUAGAAAUUUAAGCAGAAGAAUACCGUUUGCAGGAAGGUCUCAUCCUGCUGUUGCUCAACCAAUGACAAGUUUUAACGAUCAUCAUCAAGAAGAAGACAAGGUCAAAACUGAAUCUACAUCAACAACUACAUCGACAACUACUACUUCAACAACAACGUCAACUACACCAGAACCUGUAGUACUUGAAACUACUGAAAUGGUACAAGUAAGAAAAGAAUCUGUUGAAGAUUCCCAAAAUUUGGAUUCUUUCCCCUCAAAGAACACACAAAUUUCACCAAACGUGAUAGCUGAAAUUCAAAAAAGUGAAGAGUUCAUUGAAAAAAAUGUUACGACAACUACAAGUACACCCAUUUCUACUACCACUAAGAAAUUGGAAGAAACUGAAUUUGUUCCUACUUCUGUUAACGUUCCAAAUAUAAUAUCUCACACCCGAAGACGACGACCACAUUUUGCUACAAGAGUACAUUCACAGCCUAUUAAAGAAACACUGACAGUUAAUGACAAUGUGGCCUUGUCCACUUCUGCACCUACAGUAAAUGCUACCACUGCAACGGAACAAGAAAAGAAAAAGAUUUCUCCUUCUUAUGAGUUGGAUUUACCGGCUAUAGUCAAAAAACCAAAACUACGUCGAAGACUAUUGAACAGGGAUUCAGUGAACAGGAGAUCACAAAAAUUAGGAUCGGACGAGUUAAGAAAACAACAAACUGAUACAUCUCUUGAUGAAAUUCUUUCAAGUUCUACUCAAGGAAUUCCCUCAACACUGGAUGUUGAAAAGUCAGCAUCACUUGUACCAAUGACUUCACCAAAACCACCACCAGUACCCACAUUAUCUCCUUGGUACGAUGGUUUUGGUAAAUAG